AUGGCUGGGCCCGGGCCGGCCGCGGCGGCGCUGCUCCCGGCCGUCCUGCUGGCCCUGCUGGCGCCCUGGGCGGGCCGCGGGGCCGCCGCCGCGCCCGCCGCACCCAACGGCACGCUGGCGGCCGCGCUGGAGCGCCGCUGGGAGAGCCUGGUGGCGCGCUCGCUGGUGCGCCUGCCCGUGGCCGUGCAGCCCAAGGAGGUGACGGUGCAGAGCGGCGCGGGCGACUACCUGCUGGGGAUCAAGCGCCUGCGGCGACUUUACUGCAACGUGGGCAUCGGCUUCCACCUCCAGGUGCUCCCCGACGGCCGCAUCGGCGGCGUGCACGCCGACACGAGCGACAGCCUGCUGGAGCUCUCCCCCGUGGAGCGGGGCGUGGUGAGCAUCUUUGGCGUGGCCAGCCGGUUCUUCGUGGCCAUGAACAGCAAGGGAAAGCUAUACGGCUCUCUGUUCUUCACCGAGCAGUGCAAGUUCAAGGAGAUCCUGUUGCCCAACAACUACAACGCCUACGAGUCCCACAGGUACCCCGGUCUGUUCAUCGCCCUGAGCAAGAACGGAAAGACCAAGAAGGGGAACCGGGUGUCGCCCACCAUGAAGGUCACCCACUUCCUCCCCAGGCUGUGA